CACACACACACACCGGCAACCCACACGGAUCUCGUUAGAUAGGCUAUUAUUUGCAUUCUCUAACGCACCUUCAAAGGAUGCGGAGUGGUCAGAGGACAGGGAAGAACGAAGCAGAGAAAGUUUGCGCAGGUUGGUGAGAGUUCAAAGCAGCCCCAACCUCCCUAAACAAAGUACCCGAUACGUUGCACUCUCUGGAGAAGGCUUUCUGACCCACUGCACUACGGGGUCGGACGGUGUCAGAAUGAGGUGGCUCUGCACUCUCUUGGCACUGACGGUCCUGGGACGGUCUUGGGGCUGUCAGCUUCCCCACGACUGGAGACCACAAAGCGAGCCGUGCCGAGCUGAACUGGCCGAAAUUAUCGUCUUUGCCAAGGUAUUGGCUAUCUACAAGGACACCUACAGCGUGCACAACUACCUUCCGUGGCAGUAUGACACAGACCUCUUCUAUUCGGCAGAAGUGGAGCUGUUAUGUGACCAGGCGUGGGGCAGUAUGUUGGAAAUGCCAGCCGGAGCCAGGUUUAACUUGACUGGACUGGGUUACUUCCCCUGCCACUCAUAUACCGUCGUGGAAAACAACACCUACUAUUUCUUCGUCAGGCUGGAUGAAAAUUACAACAUUGUGCCACAUGGAAUCAAUUUCCAGGAUCCAAUUUUCCCUGACACCACAGAGAACAACCAGAUGUUUGCCAGUCUCUUCCAGUUCUCCAAUUGUACCACUGGCACCCAUCAUCACACCUACUCACCUGAGUGGGAACUGCAAGAGGAUAAUCGGCUCCUGUGCUCAACCGUACAGAAGGCCCUUUAUGAGGAGGAAGAUCGUGUGCGGAAACUCUCCCAGAAAGUGAGAUCUCUCGAGAAGGCCAACAAUCAUCUGCGUGAGAAGGUGAAGAGGAUUAAACGUUCCCUUAGGCAGGUGAAAAAAGAGAGCAAGAGAGAGGCAAUGCUCAUGAAACAGCUUCUGCAGAAGGAACAGAACAAGGAAAGAGGAAAGUUGAAUGCUAAACAGGACACUGGCAAACAGAUCCUGAAGAAACCAGUCAAGAAGCCAGUCAACCAUAAACUGUAAUGUUCCAGACUCACUAGUUGUAAUGGUCUGGAAGUUAGAGUUGAAAUGCUUCACUUGCUAAAUGGGAAUGCAGCAUACAUGGAAACUACCUGCACUAUUAGCAGCUAUCUAUUCCCAGUAACAAUGUAGUCGAGUGAACUAGAAAACACGGGUGUGUUGCUUGGCUUUCACAUUUGCAUUAUAUUUCUUGGGCAAUUUAAGUAUUUUUCUGAUUUUAGUAAGAGUUUGUUGUGUGAAAAGGUUCUUUUGGAAUCUUAAAGAUGGAGGGCUCUGGACACAGGCUUUGGAUUUUAAAAAUAGUUUAAUCACAAAGGCAAAUGUGGGGACAGAAUGAAUGGGAACGGAUGCACACUCGCGCAUGCACACACACACACACACACACACACAGAGGAGACCACGAACAUGAGGGGAGAUCACAACGAGGAUGAGAUGCACACACACACUCACACACAAACACACAGUAAACAAGGUACAGCUUAUCAAGGGAUAAAUACUUCAAUGCCUGAAUACCUUGACCUAGACAAGCAUUGGCUCUAACACUCGCUGGAAUCUGACUUAGACGCUCCCAAACCAUAUGGUGGUGUACACUCUUACCAGUGGUCUCUGCAGCAUUGUUUCACUAUUCCUGGGGCAGUCAAGAGAGAGAGAGCCAGAGGAUUACAACACUCUUUAUAGUGCAGGGAGGCUGGGUGGAUCCUGGCCAGGUGAUUUAGACAGGCCAAUGGUUUGGAGGUCAAGGACAAAAGUGCCUGCCAAGGCCAAUGGUCAGACAGGUUCGGGAACAAAGGUGCUCUCCAAGUCCAAUCCCUAUGCCCACACCUGAUGGGUGGGGUGGAGCCACACCUUGAUUGACAGUGGUGUCACUUCCCAUCCAAGGAGCAAUGCUGUCCUCCGACCAGAGGGGUCAGUGUUGUUACUGUCACGUGACAGCCAUGUGCUUUCCUACUACAGCGUUCCAAUUGAAUUUAGAUAGAAGCAGGAUGAAGCAGGCAUGGGACCCAUCAGAGAAAACUGGCAGAAACUUUUCUGCAGUCUUCGCUAAAUUAACAAGAUUCCUCAGAGAAACAAUGGUUGGUGUGGAAAACAGAACAAACAGUACCAGGACAGUAAUUCAUGAUGUAUUGGGAAGAAACAUUGGUAAGAGGAGCUAUACACUGUCUUGUCUCUACUCAACUGAUCAAGUGAGAAUAUAAUGCAAAAAGCAAAAAUAUCCUAUUUCCUAGUACAGAAUCUCAUACAAAGCAAAACAAUGUUUCUUGUUAAAUUAUUACUCCAUUGUGAUUGAAGCAACUUUUGAAUAACUAAAGAGUAGAAAAAGCCCAGAAGCAUUUUAAUUUCAAGGAUAAAAAACACACUAAUAAUAUUUAAAGUGCACAAAUUACAGGUGGACAAUAGCAUAUCGUGUAAACUACUUUAGCUUUCUUGUAGUUUUUGCAUAUUCUGUACUCAUUGAAUAUAUAAGAUCGUCACCCUUUGACUAUUCUGUAACCAUUUUAGUUGUCUAUUAUUACCUAGGCUGCUCCCUAUUAUAAAUCUGAGACUAAGAUCUUCUCAUGAGAAAUGGAAUGGAAAACUCUUUCCAUGGGCAAAAGAAUCUCAGGCAUUUAGGACUUCAUUAAUACUCUGUGAAAAUGCUAAUUACCAUGUUAUGUAAUAUGGUUUAAUUUCAUUUAAAGGCUGAAUCACCAUCACCAGCAGACUAUUGCAUAAUGUUAAUGUUCAGACAUCCAGGACCACUUUUCAUUUGGGUGUUUGCAAUGCUUUUAAUAUGUUAUUCCUUUGUUUAGGUGAAACAGAUUGUGUGGGUGUUUUGUGUAUGAGUGUGAGUGUUGCUUCAUGCCUGGAGAGAGAAGGUGUACCACUCUGAUUAAACUCAGUAACUUGGGAGAAGUGUGUUAUUUGAAGGUUAAUGUGCCUUUCCGAUUGUGUUAGAAUUUCCUUUGAUUUGCUGAAUUGCUAAUUUUUUUUGCACAAUUUUGCUCAAAUUUAGAAUUAUUAACCAACAUGGUCUCUAUCCAGGUGUUGAUAAACAGUUUCUGGUUUUAUGCUUUCAAAGUCCACUUUCUUCUGAUUCAAAAGGACAAAUUGAAUGGAGGAUAUUGGAGAGAGGAAGUUCAGACUUCCACAAGGCAAUACUUGGUGCAGCUUGGACUACAAUUGGAUCUGACUACAUUAAGAAUGGUAGGAUUCUCAUUCCUCAGACCCUAAGCUCCUGGUGUCAUGAACUGGAUGAUGUGGAGGGUGAAUCCUGCCCCUGAGGGAAAAGGGAAAAUACAGUGCUUUGGCUCUUUCUGUUUCACUUUUUGCGUACUCCGCACCAUUCUGUUGAGAAGGGGUGUGCAGUAGGACAGGUUGGGAAGGAGUGAUGGUGGAAUCAGGUAGGAUUUAGGGCUCCCUCAGUUAAUCAUCCAAAUGAAAUGUACACUUUGAGGCUGUGGACGCCCACACACUUGCACCUCAUAAUGUCAAGGAUGUGCUCCUCCAAACGCUGGCUAAACUACCUUCCCACAUAUGUCCCUACGGUGAGUCAUUUGCCUUCUCAUCUCAUGAUGAACAUGGUGCAAGAAAGCAUGUGACCAAUAAAACUGGAUCCCAAACAAAGCCAAGUACCAUUCUUCAUAAUAAGUGAAUUGUGUCUUGCAUCCUUCGAUAACUUUGAAUAAACUAUCUAACUCUCUUAUGUUUAUAACUUGCCUCCAACAUAAACUACAGCUCAAAAGUUUCACAUUCUUCCUGAACCAACCGGAAAAGAAAGAUUGUCCAGAAUGUAAAGUGAUGAUAAAGGUGUCAGCAAUGCAAAUAUAGUUAAUAAAACAGUUGUUAUAUGUUUUGUGGUUAGUCCAUACAAGAAUAGCGAUAAAACAUUUCUGUUCUUAAUGUUAUCUUCUUGUAUAAUGAUCAGUUUGGAAUCAUGCCGCAAUUCCAGGAACAAGUGAUUUGGCUGCCAUUUUUAUAAGCCACUUUUAAAGAUAUCUCUGGCCUAUAACUAUUGAAUGUGACUUAAAUGUAGUUUCCAAGCCACAUGUGUCUCUUAUUUGCCAUUCUGUUUGAGUUACUAUAUAUCUUUUUAAUAAAUCCCAUUUUUGAAUUUUGUAUAAUAAUAAAAAGGUG